AUGGCCACUGCAUUCGCGCCCUGCCAUGUGCACCAGAACUGCCACCCCGAGUGUGAGGCCGCCAUCAACAACCAGGUCAACCUGGAGGUGCACGCCUCCUUCGCGUACAAGUCCAUGGCCUCCUACUUCGACCGUGGAGACGUGGCCUUGAAGCACUUCAGCCUGUUCUUCCUUCAGCAGUCCAAGAAGGAGAUGGAGCACGUGGACUAUCUGUUGGGGCUGCAGAACCAGCGUGGCGGCAACCCCCGCCUGUGGGACAUCCCCAUGCCUGAGGAAGAGAACUGGGAGAAUGGCCUGAGGGUCCUGGAGUGCGCCUUGCAGCUGGCGAAGAGAGUGCAGCAGAGCCUGCUGGGUCUGCACCAGGUGGCCAAGGAGAAGCACGGCCACGUCUGCAACUUCCUGGAGGGCGGCUACCUGUUUGAACAAGUGAUGUUCAUGCGAGAGUUGAGGGAUCAUAUCGCCAACCUGCGCAAGCUGGAGGCUCAGGACGAUGGCCUGGCAGAGUCCCUCUCUGACAAGCUCACUCUGGGCGACAGCGAGAACUGA